UCGCUCUGCCUAACCGAGUCCCGAUGUAGGCCGACUCAAGUUGUUCCCCGAAGUGACCAUCAUCUGGAAGUCCUGUACUUUUGGACCAACCUGACCGGGCAGGAUUUGUCCCCUGCAAGAGUGUCCAGCAUGGAAACCCCUCCCAACGCCACGCCACAACCCUUCAGACAGGCAAGCUUCCUUAACCGACGCCUGAAGGGCUCCAUCAAGAGAGCCAAGAGCCAGCCCAAACUAGAUCGGACCAGCAGCUUCCGACAGAUGAUUCUACCCCGCUUCCGCAGCGCGGACCAGGAAAGGACCCGCCUGAUGCAGAGCUUCAAGGAGUCCCACUCCCACGAGUCGCUGCUGUCCCCCAGCAGCGCGGCCGAGGCUCUGGACCUGGUCCUGGACGAGGAGGCCGUCAUCAAGCCUGUCCACUCCAGCAUCCUGGGCCAGGAGUACUGCUUCGAGGUCACCACCAACUCUGGGACCAAAUGUUUCGCCUGCCGGUCGGCCUCGGAGAGAGACAAGUGGAUAGAGAAUCUGCAGCGAGCAGUUAGGCCCAACAAGGACAACAGCCGGCGGGUGGAGAACGUGCUGAAGCUGUGGAUCAUCGAGGCGCGCGACCUGCCCACCAAGAAGCGCUACUACUGCGAGCUGUGUCUGGACGACAUGCUGUACGCCCGCACCACCAGCAAGCCCCGCACGGACACCGUGUUCUGGGGCGAGCACUUUGAGUUCAACAACCUGCCCACCAUCCGCAGCCUCCGCUUCCACCUCUACAAGGAGACGGAUAAGAAGAGACGCAAGGAGAAGAGCACCUACCUGGGGCUCGUCAGCAUCCCCAUCUCCAGCAUCACCGGCCGCCACUUUGUGGAGCAGUGGUACCCGGUCAUCCAGUCCAGCGUGCUGGCCAAGAGCGGGGGCGUGGGCAGCGGCAAGGUGAUCAACGCCUCGCUGCGCGUCAAGUCGCGCUACCAGACCAUGAGCAUCCUGCCCAUAGAGCUGUACAAGGAGUUUGCAGAGUACAUCACCAACAACUACCGCACGCUGUGCUCGGUGCUGGAGCCCCUGCUCAGUGUCAAGAGCAAGGAGGAGGUGGCGUUCGCCCUCGUGCACAUCCUGCAGAGCACGGGCAAGACCAAGGAGUUCCUGUCAGACAUGGCGAUGUGUGAGGUGGACCGCUUCAUGGACCGGGAGCACCUGAUCUUCAGGGAGAACACCCUGGCCACCAAGGCUGUGGAGGAGUACCUGAAGCUGAUAGGACACCGAUACCUCAAAGACGCUAUAGGCGAUUUCAUCCGAGCUCUGUACGAGUCUGAGGAGAACUGCGAGGUGGACCCCAUGCGCGUCCCCCCAUCCGUGCUGGCGGACCACCAAGCCAACCUGCGGAUGUGCUGCGAGCUGGCUCUCUGCAAGGUCAUCAACUCCCUCUGCAUAUUCCCGCGGGAGCUGAAGGAGGUGUUUGCGUCGUGGCGCGCGCGCUGCGCCGAGCGCGGCCGUGAGGACCUGGCCGACACGCUCAUCAGCUCCUCGCUGUUCCUGCGCUUCAUGUGCCCCGCCAUCAUGUCGCCGUCGCUGUUCAACCUCACGCAGGAAUACCCCGCCGAGCGCACCUCGCGCACCCUCACCCUCAUCGCCAAGGUCAUCCAGAACCUGGCCAACUUCAGCAAGUUCGGACCCAAGGAGGAGUACCUGUACUUCAUGAACGAGUUCCUGGAGAUGGAGUGGGGUGCCAUGCAGCAGUUCCUCUACGAGAUCUCCAACAUGGAGGCGGGGGGCAAUGCCGGGGGCUUCGAGGGCUACAUCGACCUGGGUCGGGAGCUGUCCGUGCUGCACAGCCUGCUGUGGGAGGUCAUGGGUCAGCUCAGCAAGGAUGCCAUCCUAAAACUGGGGCCCCUUCCUCGCCUGCUGAACGACAUCAGCGUGGCCCUGAGGAACCCCCAGCUGCACAUGUCGGCCAAUCACCAGCCAGACACCCAGAAGGACCGCCUCUUCUCGAGACCCUCCUUCAGCCGCAUGAUGUCGUCAGACUUCCAGAACCUCAUGAUGCGAGAUCUGAACAGCUCCAUAGACAUCUCCCGGCUGCCCUCCCCCACCACGGGGCUCUCGGCCGUGGAGGCGCUGUCCUCCCACCUCAACAUGCGGCGCAGCGCCGAGAGGGACCUGCGCUCCAACUCCAGGGAGGUGUUCUACGUCACGCGCCCGCCCCUGGCCCGCUCCAGCCCCGCCUACUGCACCAGCAGCUCAGACAUCACCGAGCCCGACCCCAAGGUCCACAGCGUCAACAAGAGCGUGUCCAUGAUGGACCUGCAGGACUCGCGCAUGAACAGCAUCUCCAACCUCAACUCGGUGGGGGAGAUGCUCACCUCCUCCCAGGCCUCCAUUGCCGGCCUGGGCCACAGCUUCGGCAACCUGGGCGGGGGCGGGGGUCCGCUGCGCAUGGGGGGCGGUGGCGGCGGCGGCGGCGGGUCCAGCGGGUCGGGCCUGCGUCACGGCCAGAUGGGCCACAUCGGCGGCCCCACCGAGUCGCUGUCGCAGCAGCAGCAGGCCGCCGCCGCCGCCAUGCACUACCCCCUCUCCUUCCAGAACCCCCUGUUCCACCUGGCCUCGCAGAACUCCCCGGCCCACCCGCACCCCCACGCCCACGCCCACGCCCACCCCCACGGCCAGCCGCAGCACGCCCCGCCCCCGGUGCUGCUCGCCCCCGAGCCGGAGAACGGCCACCUGGACUAUGGCGGGCCGGCGGCGGCGGCGGCGGCGGCCUUCGGGAACAGCGCCUUCUCCCGCAGCGAGGACCUGUCGGCGCUGCGCUCGCAGACCAGCCUGGUGCAGCCCAGCAUCGUCCACUCGCACAGCUACAGCGACGACUUCACCCGGCAGAACACGGGCCAGGGCCAGAGCCUGGGCCAGAACGACUUCGCCUGGCGCCAGCUCUCCCUGCAGGUCCAGGAGUCCCUGCAGCAGCAGAUGAUGAUGGGCAUGGCCCCCCAGACCUCCACGGGCACGGGCACCCCCGCCUCCCUGGCCACGCCCCCCACCACCGUGCUGCACCACGCCCGCCAGGCGUCCAUGGCGGGCUCGGGGCCGUCGCCGGGCCAGCACCUGCGCUCGCAGCGCUCCGUCAACACGGCCACGCCCCCCAGGGCCCGCCCCCAGAGCAGGAACCUCCUCCUGGAGUCGCCCGACACCAGCUUCGCCGGCAUGCCCCGCCAGCCCAUGCCCCGCCCGCUGCAGACUCAGCAACAACAACAACAGCAGCAACAGCAGCAGCAGCAGCAACAGGAGUCCCAGAAUGCCGUGACGGAGAGCCCAGCUCCGGGCCUGCCAUACCAGACCAGCUCGGUCAGGGAGACCCAGGGGGCGGGGCCUGGGGCGGGGGCGGGGGCGGGGGAGGAGUCAACGGACACGCCCACCAAGAGCAGCAAGAAAGCCGCCCCCUCGCAGCUCCAGCCUCCCCAGCCACACCUGUUGAAGCCGGUGGCCGGUAAACAGGCGUCCCCGUCGACCUUGGCCACGCCCGGCCUCAACGAGCGGACGGUGGCCUGGGUGUCCAACAUGCCCCACCUCUCGGCCGACAUCGAGAGCCUGCGGCCCGACCGCGAGAACCAGCUGAAGGAGUACUCCAAGAGCAUGGACGAAUCCCGGCUGGAAAGGGCGCGGGAGUACGAGGAGGAGAUCUACUCGCUGAAGGAGCGUCUGAAGAUGUCCCACCGUAAGCUGGAGGAGUACGAGCAGCGGCUGGUGAGCCAGGAGCAGACCACAAGCAAGAUCCUGCAGCAGUACCAGAGCCGGCUGGACGACAGCGAGCGGCGCCUCAAGCAGCAGCAGGUGGAGAAGGACGGCCAGCUGAAGGGCAUCAUCAACAGACUCAUGGCGGUGGAAGACGAGCUGAGAGUGGGAGUGGUUCCUGAUAUCAAGUCUCGAAUCCUCACCGACCAGUCUCUGUAUCGUGGAGGAGUCGUGUGA